AUGGCAGCUCCGCGCAGUGUCGCCGCUGCCCUGCGCAGGACAAGACUAUCAUCUCGUUGCCGCUGCACACAUACCAUAUUCACGCCGACUGUGGUCCAAACACCUCGUCAUUUCAGCAUAACCACCAGCAACCGAGCAGACCCUUACAAAAAAAUACAAUUGACUGCGGCGGCUUACCCUCAGAUCAAACGGGACCCCAGAUUCGCCGAGGUCACAAAAGAACAUGUACAAUACUUCAAACAGCUCCUCGGCACAGACUCCGCGCUCAUCGAUGGCGUCAACGCCGAUGCAACCGACGACCUGGCCCCCUUUAACAGCGACUGGAUGCGCAAAUACGGAGGUCAGACACGGCUUGUCCUGAGACCACAGACUGCGGAGGAAGUGAGCAAGAUUUUGAAGUAUUGCAAUGAAAAUAAAUUGGCUGUUGUGCCUCAGGGAGGAAAUACCGGUUUGGUGGGAGGGUCCGUACCCGUGUUCGAUGAGAUUGUCAUCAACACGGCGCGGAUGAACAAGAUCCGUUCUUUUGAUCAGGAGUCUGGUGUUCUUGUUGCUGAUGCAGGUGUCAUCCUCGAGGUUGCUGAUGCACAUGUUGGUGAACACGGCUAUCUGUUCCCAUUGGAUCUUGGAGCAAAAGGAUCAUGCCAUAUUGGAGGUAACGUUGCAACUAAUGCUGGUGGGUUGCGUCUCUUGCGUUAUGGAAGUCUUCACGGAAAUGUUCUAGGAUUGGAAGCUGUCUUGCCGGACGGAACUAUCAUAGAUAGUCUGUCCACUCUCCGUAAGAACAAUACGGGCUAUGACUUUAAGCAACUGUUUAUCGGCGCCGAAGGUACAAUUGGUAUUGUCACUGGCGUCUCAAUCCUGUGUCCUCCCCGCGCCAAGGCCGUUAAUGUCGCAUACUUCGGCUUGGAAAGUUACGAGCAAGUCCGCAAAGCCUUCCGUGAAGCCAAGGGUCAACUCUCUGAAAUUCUCUCCGCUUUCGAAUUGAUGGACGGCCGAAGCCAGGGUAUAGUGCGGGAGUCUACUGGGAACAAGCCCCCUCUAGAAGGCGAAUAUCCAUUUUAUUGUCUAAUUGAGACCAGCGGCUCCAAUACCGAACAUGACCUUGCCAAAUUAGAAUCAUUCCUGGAACAUGUCUUGGGAGAGGGUAUAGUUGCCGACGGAGUCCUUGCUCAAGACGAGACACAAAUCCAAUCCCUCUGGCGCUGGCGCGAAGGUAUCACCGAGUCUCUCAGCCACCUCGGCGGCACCUACAAAUACGACGUCUCUAUCCCACUUCCUGAACUCUACCAGCUCGUCGAAGACUGCAAGAACCGUCUUACCGAGAAAGGUCUCGUGGGCGAUGAUGACUCCUUCCCCGUUCGUGCUGUUGUCGGGUACGGUCACAUGGGAGACUCUAAUUUACAUUUGAAUGUGUCAGUCAGACAAUACACCAAGGAAGUCGAGAAGGCCAUUGAGCCGUGGGUGUAUGAAUGGAUCGCCAAGCGCAACGGCAGUAUCAGUGCAGAACAUGGGCUGGGAAUUGCGAAAAAGGAAUUCAUUGGAUAUAGCCAAAAUGAUACGAAUAUCAAGCUUAUGAAGCAGUUGAAGAAUUUGUAUGAUCCGAACGGAAUCAUGAAUCCAUACAAGUACAUCUAAUUGCUACGACUGAUUUGAUAACACGCAUGUCUUUAAAUUAUCAAAACGUAAAUAUUGAAGAAGAAAAGAAUUGGAUUU